AAAAAAAUCAGGGUAAUCAAAUUUCAAGUCAAAUAACAAACACAGUCGUAACAAAUAAGGAAUAAAGAGAAAUGAGGAUAUUUCAAGCAUUAUUUCGCAGAAAACAUUUACCAAACGGUCAUAUUUACAGGGGCAAGAAUAGAAUAGUUAAAGAAGUCACUAUAGAUGAUCUCCAAAAAUUGAAAACUCUGUUUGAAAUUGAAGAACAAAAUAUGUUCUAUUUGAGACAUGCUUUCCUAACACCCGAACAAUCAUCAGGACAUGGUAGAGCUUUAGGAAAGAAUGAAGCUAAUUUCAUCAAGACCAAAACAAAACAGAAGCCAUUCUAUGAUAAUGUUACAAUUGAGUCCCGAUUAGCUCAUCUUAGGGUGAAUGAAGGAUGGGAAUGAUCCAUAUCUUGAGUUGAGUCAUCCUAGAUUUGUGAUUGUUUAAAAUAUAUUUAUUAUAGAUAAAAGUACAGUAUAGGUAUAAGGUAUAGGUACAAAGAUAGAUAAUCUAAUCUAAUGAUUCUCUCACAUCUCCCAUCUACCCUGCAAAAUCAGUAUACCUACCUUUCAUCCAUACAGAUUUUACUUAUUUGAAUAAAAUAUUAGCAGUAUUAUUUUCUCUUUA